AUGCAAGCGUCAUGGAAUCGGCAAACCGCCUUCCUCAGCAGAGACGGAUGGCGAAUAAUCAGGCCCCCCUCAGCUAGCACUUCUCAGGCGCCUUCAUCCGCACCUACACCAUCUGCUGAUGUAAAGAAGAAGCGACACGAUGCCGACAUUGUCUACUCCCAGCCGGCGAACACAGGUACCGGAAAGGAUAUCAUGACUCAAGUCCUCUUUGCGAUUGAGCAUAUGAAAACCAAGGAUGUUCCCCUCACAUUCGGAGAUAUUAUCUCGUACUUGUCCCUCCAGCACCGUGCACAUGACCAGGGUUACGUCCAAGCGCUUCGCCGAAUCUUGCAGCGACACGAAAAAGUCGACUUCGACCCCGCUGGGGCUAACGGCGAGGGCACCUUCCGCUUCCAGCCUCCUCACAAUAUCCGAACCCCAGAACAACUCCUCCAGAAACUCCAGGCUCAAACUACGGCUGCUGGUAUGAGCGUCCGAGAGCUCAGGGAGGGCUGGCCGAACGUCGAAGAUGCUAUCAAUAAGCUAGAGAGUGAAGGGAAGCUGCUGGUGACUCGUAACAGGAAGGACGACCAUGCUAAGAUGGUUUGGGCGAACGACCCGUCACUUAUCUUGCACUUCGACGAUGAGUUCAAGCAAAUCUGGGAGAAGAUCAAAGUUCCGGAUGCACAGGCUGUUGUCAAACCCCGACCAAAGGUGGAACAGAAGAAGACCAAAAAACCUCGACGUAGCGGAAAGACCACAAACACCCAUAUGCAAGGUAUCUUGCGAGACUACUCUCAUCUCAAGCGGUGA